UUCUUUUAUAUAAACAAAGAAGGAUUUUACCAUGUAUUGUCUUGUCAAUUAAACGACGUUUCGCAAAAUGACCUACUUUAAGCGCCAAGGGAAGUAAUGCGUCCAUUUACGCCUAAAGCAAGGAUUCCAGUUUAGUAUCCCUUUCUGGUGUAAUUCGAGCGUGUUAGAAUGGAACUAGACUUUAAUUUUGCGUGCUCUGUUAGCAAAUAAAUCCGCAUCUGAACUCAAAACCGUGUUUUAUUUGCCAACAAAACACACAAAACUAAAAUCUCUUUCCCAGUUCCAUUUAGCGACAUUCUUGCUGUUAUAUUAAAAAGGAGACAGAAACUAUAUUUAGAAUGUAAUGUUGCAAUUAUGGUUACUGCUCUUGGAAGUGUCAUGACAAUCUUUAAGUGUCGUUUUCCAUCUGUCAUUUAAGAGUUUGUUUAUAGCAUAUAUUUAUACCCUGUUUAUAACACAUGUUUAUACCCUGUAUAUAUCAUCUGUAUAUACCCUGUUUAUAACAUAUGUUUAUACCCUGUAUAUAUCAUAUGUUUAUACCCUGUUUAUACCCUGUUUAUGACAUAAUAAGAUGCUUAUGCCCUGUUUGUAGCAUAUGUUUAUGUCCUGUGUAUAAGAUUUGUUGAUAUCCUGGUUAUGACAUAUCUUUCUACCAUACCCUGUUUAUAACAUUAUAUUGUGUAAAUACUCUGUUUAAAUCAUAUGUUAAUAUCCUGUUUAAAUCAUAUAUCAAUACCCUGUUUAAGCAUAUGUUUAUACUUGUUUAUAUCAUAUGUUUACAACCAGUCUAUAUUUCAGCAACUACAAGAUCAAUUCAGAAGUCUGCUUCAGAUUGAUUCUGGUUUGUCAGCUUCGGAGAGUUUAGGCAGACGCUCAAGCUCAAAAUUGUCUUUGCAAUCAAGUUCCGAGGAAACUACUGCAUUUAUGGUUGAUGCAUAUAAGAAUGUAAUUAAGCACCACUUUAAAGUGACAGAAAUCCUACCUUAUCUUCCGUUGAUAGAUAAAAGGCGUGCAGAUAUGAUAAAAAGUAAACAUGACUUCUGCGCAUCUGAUGCAGUUGAACUACUUAUUGAGACAUUAAAAGACACUAAAGCUGAUGGAAUCUGGUAAAGCUUUCUAGAUGCACUUGACAAAUUAGAACAUACACAUCUGCGUAAACUUCUUAGCAAUGAAACUGAGACACAUUAUAGUUAUAAGUCUGAGAUUUUAAGACUGGUUUCUCCUGAAAUUCAACAGCGAAUUUGCUUUCCGGAUUUCCUUGAUGUUGUGUAUGAGAAGGAAUUGGUGACAGAAACAGAAAAAGAAGAAGUAGAUAUCAUGUUGAAAUCAAAGGGAACAGUUCCUGCUGCCGGAUUACUUCUCGAAAAGGUCGACAAACACAAGACCGACUGGGAUAAAUUAUUUGUAGAUGUUCUUGAGCAUUUUUUUAUGGCGGAUAUUGCUAAGGUGUUCAAGAUGGUCGAGGACAAUGAAGAAACAAAGAUUCCAGCUGAAACUACCUUUAUUCAACCAAAGAAGAGUAGAAAACGAGAAAAGUUUAGGAAACGCCGUUCAGAACCCGUUCAUAAUACACACAAUACUGAAGAUGAAAAUAAGGACAAUGAGAUCUGUACUGGUACAGAAAGAGGUCUGUUUGAGAAUCCAGCACAAAAAGUUGAUGAAAGAUUGGAAGUGACACGAUUAUUUAAUGUAGUAAUUGGUAUUCAUAAAGACUUGAAUGCCGGUUUGAACAGGAUUUCCCAGAGACUGGAAGAAGUCUGUACCGCAGUGGGUAAUUUAGAGGAGAAAUUCAUAAAUCGAACAUAUUCAAAAUGUGAGCACUCAUGUCAGGGAGGAAAUGAGAUCAACAACACGUCGGAAAAAUAGCAAGAAUCAAGGGAAAAUAUUGAUUUUGAAAUAGUGACUUUGAAUUGGAAACGUUAUCAUGGAGCCAGUAGUAUGGAAAUACAAUACACUAAUUUCAUUCAAUUAAAUCUUAAAAUUCCUAAAUCUAUAUUUAAAAAGGAACGAAAUAUGACGGAUUGAAAAGAGUUUUGCUGAACAAAUCCAUAAUAUGAGUUGUUCGCCCUUGACAAAAGGAUUGUGAAAAGUUAUAUUCGGAUUUCUAUUUAUAAAUAACAUAAUAUUCAAUUGUUUUAUCUGCAACAUGUUCAUGGUUUGUCUCUAAUGAAA